AUGGCUUCUUCCCAAACAAGUCAUGAAGUGCUAGAGCGAGCCAGUUCUUCAGAGUUGGAGAUGAGCCUGGCGCGUGUCAAGUCGCCUCAUGGCGCGGACACAAGAAUAUCUUAUCACAAAGACGAGCUCGUUAAGGUCCAGAGUCUCUUUUACGCGCGUCGCUACAAGCAGUGCAUUGCACUUUGUGAAGAACUCCAGAGAUCGGAGAUUCACGCCCUACACAAGGCUUUCCUCUGGUUCUACCAUGCUACCUCCUACGAGUCGAUGGGCCUGAUUGCGCACAAUUUUUCGGAUAAUAAACUUCGAUUUCUGGAUUCCGCAAGGGAGAGCUUCUGUCAGGCUCUAAAAUGUGUUCCUCUGCCAUAUGUAUCAAGUGAAGUCGGAUCUUACGAACAGCCGGAGGAGUCUCCCGUCACAACCGGUUUCGGAUCCACGACCAUCACGGGAGCCCAGCAAGCAGGUCGAAAAGAAGUGUGCGCGCAGGGCCGUCUUACAGAGAUAUCGCCUUCACUUUCUUCUGGUAGUGUGUACUCGCUAGGAAGCGCCGGUUCAGAAGGAGGAUCUAGUGCGGAUUCCAGUGAAUCAUCGCCGCAAAAACACGCAUGUCAAGAGAUGUCGGCACCAGUGGCACACGUCGAUUCAGAAGAAGGAACUUCAAAUUCCGACGUAGUGAAAUACCCAAUCACUCCAGUCACUUCAGGUACAGAGGUGUCUCGACUCGGGCGCAGCCCCAGCUCAGCGCAAAUACUGCAAGACAAUCUGGUACCGUCGCCUCUAUUCAGCCGAAAUCCCAAACGGCCUUGCACGGGGCAUCUUGACAGUAAUGUCAAUGCCCGGCCACUUCCUCCUUUGCCAUUCAAUCACAAAGCCGAGUUCAAACUACAAGGCACUCGCAUCAUCCAAGACCCGUUGAUGCGCAAAACUGCAGUUCAGACCCUCAUCGCACGCUUCGAAGGGAUUCUACCCUUGCCUCCGUCUUCUCCGUUGGCGGCGGCAAGAUCCCCCUUGCGGGAGCACGUCUACGGACUCGACACUCCAGCCCCCUCUCCUGCCAUCACAUCCCCACGAUUUCGCAUGAUUCGCGAUGCGUUCAGUCCGAAUCCGCACAAUGAACACCUCGAAGCAUACCUCAAUACCUGCACCUCGACCAACCUGACGCUCUACAACGUGCAUCUCGCGGACUUCCGUGCUCAGCUGAGAAAGCACAUUACUUAUGUAAAUGGGGAAACCGGUCGCGUGCAGAAAAUUCAAAGCGAGAGAAGCGCUGCUCGGGCUUUGGGGCCGAAGCAGCGGUUUGCAAGUUUCUGGUCUCUCGAGGCCGCUUCUGCUGGUUCCAAAUCGAAGUUCACUACGAGAUCGGCAUAUGUAGGCCGAAGUGCUGCCCUCGUGAGAGAUGAUCGUGACCGUGACUUCACUGGCGGAGAGAAUCCUCGAGACAGAUUCAAGGAAAAGGUCGAUGAAUUACGACGCCGCCGGUGGCGAGUGUGCAAGGAAAGACACGGCUUUAAAGGAGUGGAGUUCUACGAGGACUUGAGGGCGCGUGCCGAAGCGGAAUUGGAGAGUUAUCGUUGA